AAAUUUCCACUCGCCCUGACGGCGUUUGAACGCAACGCGGGGCGCCAGGCCAAACAAUAGCGAGAAGACGCGCUCGUGCACAGCCGCUCUGGAAGCGGCAGAUGUGAAGAGGAGGCACAAGAGUAGGAAGCAGCGACCAUUCCCACUUCGAACCGAGAGUAUUCUUGCUCGGCAAGCAUGGCAGUGAAUGUCGCUGGACUCGUGGCUGUGGCUGCCUUUUAUGUUGUUGUCCUGCUCACUGGCAUCUUGGCAUCGCGCAAGUCUAAGAAAGUGGAGAAGAAAUGCAUUGGCAAAAAGAGCGAAGUCUCCAUUGUUGGAGGCCGCAACAUCAACGUCCUAAUAGGAGUUUUUACCAUGACAGCAACGUGGGUUGGUGGAGGUUAUAUUAUGGGGACUUCAGAGGCUGUUUAUACUCCCUCUCAAGGUGUUGUCUGGGCUUUUGGGCCUCUGGCAUAUCUUUUGAAUUUUGUUUUAGGAGGAUUAUUUCUGGCCAAACCAAUGAGGUCAAAAUGCUACGUGACCAUGUUGGACCCGUUCCAGCACCGCUAUGGCCAAAUGUUCACGACAGCAAUCUUAAUUCCUGCUUUGAUCAGUGAUAUUUUGUGGGUUGCCUGCACCCUCGCUGCUCUAGGCGGGACGAUGAGCAUCAUCCUAGAACUACCAUUUGUGAUCUCCAUCGUCAUCUCAGCGGCCGUCUCCAUCGUCUACACUUUUCUAGGCGGCCUCUAUGCAGUGGCAUACACCGAUAUCAUCCAGCUAGCCUUCAUAUUUGUCAGUCUGUGGCUGUGUAUUCCCUUUAUUAUUAUCAGCCCGGCGGUUAGUGGCGCCUUACAGGCAGCGCAUUUCAACCAAUCAAGUGUGCACUCAUGGGUCGGGACGGUGCAGCUCCAGGACGCAGGGAAAUGGACGGAUAGUUUCCUGUUGUUGACCUUAGGAGGACUGGCAUACCAAUCUCUACACCAGAGGAUCCUUGCUGCGGCCUCCUCGUCCAAGGCUCAGAUUACCUGCUUUGCUGCUGCUAUCUUCACUUUCAUUAUGGGAAUCCCCUCAGUGAUCAUUGGCGCAGUGGCUGCUUCAGCAGACUGGAACCAGACAGAAUAUGGUCUACCCCCACCUUAUGAACGCGGGGAGGCCGGGAUUGUUCUGCCGCUGGUCCUGUCCUACAUCGCCCCCAGCUGGGUGUCAGUGUUAGGCAUUGGUUCUAUAGCGGCAGCAGUUAUGUCCUCCAUGGACUCCACAUUGCUGUCAUCAGCAUCCAUGUUCACACAAAACAUAUACAAGACGACUUUGAGAAAGCAGGCCUCGGACAAGGAGCUGCUGUGGGUGGUCCGCGUUAGCGUGGUGCUGGUGGGCGUGGCCGGAACCAGCCUGGCUUUCAAGAAGAACAGCGUGCUGGCGCUCUGGCUGUUGGCGGCGGAUCUCCUCUACUGCAUCGUGAGCCCGCAGCUCUUCUGCGUGGUGCACCUCCGCUCCGCCAACAGCUACGGCGCCAUCUUCGCCUACACGGCGGCGCUGCUGCUGCGCGUGCUGAGCGGCGAGCCGGCCAUCGGCCUGCCGCCCCUCAUCCUCUACCCGGGCUGGAGGGAAGAGCGGGGCGUGGUCAACCAGUAUUUCCCCUUCAGGACUCUGAUUGCACUCAUCUCUCUGGUGACUCUGCCCCUCGUGUCCUGGCUGGUCCAGCUGGCCUUCACGCGGCAGCUGCUUCCGCAGUCCUGGGACAUCUUGGGCGUGUGUCAGCAGCAAACGGAGGCGGUGGAAGAGGAAAUUCCCAUCCAACUAUCCAAUGAGGAAAAGAAGUGUAUCCAUAAUACAGCAUUAUAGAUCUCUGCCAAACCUCCUUUUAUGCAUACAGUGUUUACGCACUCUCACAUCUUUUCUAUAACACAACAAUUAGUUAAAAUGGCCACCCCAAAAAAGAAGGAGGCUGUCAAACACAAAUGAGUAAAAGACCCGAAAGGCUGCACUCACCUAAAAACAGGCCGUAUUUUCCCGACUAUAAGCCGCCAGAAGUGGGACUCUUUGGACAAUUCACGAUUCAAUUAAAAUGGACAAUACAGUACAGGACAAAAGUUUGGACACACCUUUUCACUCCACACGUUUUCUUUAUUUUCAUGACUCUUUACAUUGUAGAUUGUCAUUGAAGGCAUCACAACUAUGAAUGAAUGGAGUUAUACACUUAACAAAAAAAGGGGAAAUAACUGAAAACAUGUUUUAUAUUCUAAUUUGUUCAAAAUAGCCGCCCUUUGCUCUGAUUACUGCUUUUGCACACUCUUGGCAUUCUCUCGAUGAGCUUCAAGCACACCUGUGAAGUUAAAACCAUUUGACGUGACUACCUCUUGACAUUGUAGACUUUCCAUCCAUCCGUCCAUUUUCUACCGCUUAUUCCCUUCGGGGUCGCGGGGGGCGCUGGAGCCUAUCUCACCUACAUUCGGGUGGAAGGCGGGUUACACCCUGGACAAGUCUCCCCCUCAUCGCAGGGCAUUGUAGAUUUUCACUGAACUAUGACAUUUGACAAGUAAAAACCCUUUCAGGCGACUACCUCUUGAAGCUCAUGGAGAGAAUGUCAAGAGUGUGCAAAGCAAUAAUCAGAGCAAAGGGUGGCUAUUUAAAAAAUUAUAUAUAUAGAGUAUAUAUAUGGAAUAUAUAUAUAUAUAUAUAUAUAUAUAUAUGUAUACCCUCUCAUAUGUAUACCCAGGGGGUGAUCAAGGGGAUGGGUCAAAUGCAGAGGACAAAUUUCACCACACGUAGUGUGUGUGUGACAAUCAUUGGUACUUUAACUUUAACUUAAUAUGUAUAUGUGUGUGUGAGUGUGUGUGUGUUUGUGUGUGUGUGUGUGUGUGUAUAUAUAUGUAUAUAUAUAUAUAUAUAUAUAUAUAUAUAUGUAUGUAUAAACUGUUUUUAAGUUAAUUCACCUUUUUUUAAGUACAUAGCUCCACAUGUGUUCAUUCAUAGUUGUGAUGCCUUCAGUGACAAUCUACAAUGUAAAUAGUCAUGAAAAUAAAGAAAACGCAUGGAGAAGGUGUGUCUAAAAUGUUUCUUUUUAAUUAAAUGUCAAUAAAAAUACCAUCUAAUCAAAAUUUGUAGAACGGUCUCUUCAGCUGCAGAAACUCGCCGUUUUUUCUUGCCUAAACGCCGCACUGAAUUGCAUAAUAUGAUUAGCAGCAAAGUAGAAAGUCGUCAACGAUGUGUUUUUUCGGUGCCCCAAAAUAAAUACAAAAAAAAAGUAUCGACCAUGUUUUGAGAGCACCAAAACAAGCUCGCUAUUUAGCUAACCAUCUAGCUCAGGAGUCUCGGACACACGGCCUGCAAGAUGUUAUUUCGCGGCUCGCACCCUGCUAUGAAAAUUUUAUGUUAGUGCGGCCCGUGAGUUUUAUAUGAACGCCGCUUGACAGCGUGAUAAUUAGCUACCCUCACGACUUUUCAGGGAUUCAUCCAAUUGUCAGGUCAGCCGUUUUUUGCCUAAACUAAAAUGUUCAGGGGGGGAAAUAAUGGCACUGCCUUUAGAGUCCUCUAAACACUGUUCAAACAGUGUGCUGACUCACUCAAAUGUUAUAUCUAGGUUUUGAACGAAAUGAAAGUGACUGCAAGACAUACUUGGUCAACAGCCAUACAGGUCAAACUGAGGGUGGCUGUAUAAAAAACUUUAACACUGUUACAAAUGCGCCACACUGUGAACCAACACCAAACAAGAAUAACAAACACCUUUCGGGAGAACAUCCGCACCGUAACACAACAUAAACACAACAUAACAAAUACCCAGACCCCCUUGCAGCACUAACACUUCCGGGCUGCAAUAUACACCCCCGCUAAUACCAAACCCCGCCCACCAACCCUGCCCCCUUCCCCCCCACAUUAAACCCCUCCCCUUCCGUGCGUCGGUUGAGGGGGUGUAUAUUGUAGCAUCCGGGAAAAGUUAGGGCUGCAAGGUGUUCUGGGUAUUUGUUGUGUUGUGUUACGAUGCGAAUGUUCUGCCGAAAUGUGUUUGUCAUUCUUGUUUGGUGUGGGUUCACCGUGUGGUUCAUAUUUGUAAAAGUGAUAAAGUUGUUAAUACUGCCACCCUCAAUGUGACCUGUAUGGCUGUUGACCAAGUAUGCCUUGCAGUCGCCCAAGUGUGUCCGUAGAAGUCUAUAACUACAUGAGGCUGGGCCGGCACGCUGUCUGUAUGAUGAAAAUGCGGACGCGAUGACAUGUUAUAGAUGACGUUAAAAGCGGUGCUAUCACGGCACGGACUUAAUAUUGUUGGACGGGUGAAAUCGGGAGAAAGGUUUCCCCGGGGGAAGGUCGGAAGGUGUACUGAGGUUUGGGAGUGUCCCGGAAAAAUCGGGAGGGUUGGCAAGUUAAAGUUAAGUUAAAGUACCAAUGAUUGUCACAUACACACUAGGUGUGGUGAAAUUUGACCCAUCCCCUUGAUCACCCCCUUGGAAGUGAGGGGAGCAGUGGGCAGCCGCAGUGCCGCGCCCGGGAAUCAUUUAUGGUGAUUUAACCCCCAAUUCCAACCCUUGAUGCUGAGUGCCAAACAGGCAGGCAAGGGGUCCCAUGUUUUAUAGUCUUUGGGGUUUGAACUCCCAACCUACCGACUUCAGGGCGGACACUCUACCCCAGGGGUAGGGAACCUAUGGCUCGCGAGCCAGAUGUGGCUCUUUUGAUGACUGCAUCUGGCUCUCGGAUAAAUCUGAGCUGACAUUGCUUAACACGAUAAGUAAUGAAUAAUUCCACUUGUAAUCACAGUGUUAAAAAUAACGUUCAAAAUAUAAAACACUCUAGUGCUUUUUUAUGUUCAAGCAGUUGCAUUAAUGGUAAGAAGUAAUUUAUUUAUUAUUGGUUAGUGUGGGGCUUGCCCUCCUGAGGGUUCUUCAGACCACCAAGAGUUGACAUGAGAGCCUGUUUCAGGGUUACACUAUUGUUUAAUUUUUUAAAAAGUCUCUCAGUUGCUUUCCAGCAAUUGUAUUUUUCUAUUUUGUUCUCGCUUGCGCUCUGGCUCCAGCCCCAACCCCGUCUCUCCUCCUGGCUGCUGCUUAUAACAGAGUGACAGGUGAUUAGAUAACAAGGCCCAAGUGGGCCUUUUUCGCACCUGUUGCUGAUUUUGAGGCCGUUCCUGGCACACCCCGCUUCGCUGCAGGCCUGCAGGCCACGCCCUCCAUCACAAAUCACUUCAGAAUAGCAAUGUUAUUACAAAGAAUAAGAGACUUAUUGUACUCUAGAAAUGUUGGUCUUACUUAAAAUUCACACUUUUACUUGUGUUCAGUUUUAAAAAAAUAUUUUAUGGCUCUUACGUAAAUACAUUUUGAAAUAUUUGACUUCUUGGCUCUCUCAGCCAAAAAGGUUCCCGACCCCUGCUCUACCCACUAGGCCACUGAGUAUGUUGCUAGGGUGGGAAAGCCAUUCAAAGAAGGUGAAUUUAUUAUAAAGUGCAUGUUAGAUUUUUUUAAGUAACCUUUACUUGCGGCCCAGCCUCACCUAGUUUCUGCAUCCAGUGGCCCCCAGGUAAAUUGAGUUUGAGACCCCUGAUCUAGCUAGAUUACUUGUUGUCGCCUGCGUUCGCUCUCCGAGCCGCGAUCACUUUGCUGCUAGUCAUAUUUGGAGGAUUACAAUCCCAACACUCUUAGUUCCCAACAAGUUGGAGUUCUAGAGUAUUUAUUAGUACCCAGUGCGAAGGUGCAUUUUUGACUUGGCGGAUGUAAACAAAGGGCAGCACGGUGAAAGAGGGGCUUGUGCAUGUGCCUCACAAUACGACGGUCCUGAGUUCAAUCCCGGGCUCGGGGUCUUUCUGUGUGGAGUUUGCAUGUCCUCCCCGUGACUGUGUGGGUUCCCUCCGGGUACUCCGGCUUCCUCCCUCCUCCAAAGACAUGCACCUGGGGAUAGGUUGAUUGGCGACACUAAAUUGGCCGUAGUGUGUAAUUGUGAGUGUGAAUGUUGUUUGUCUAACUGUGUUGGCCCUGCGAUGAGGUGGCGACUUGUCCAAGGUGUACACCGCCUUCAGCCCGAAUGCCGCUGAGAUAGGCUCCAGCACUUCCCGCGACCCCAAAAGGGACAAGCGGUAGAAAAAUGGAUGGAUUAAUGUAAACAAAGGUCACCACACAGGAAGUACUGUAUAUUACCCGAGGGGGCGUGGCCACAGGAUAGAGUUGCCAAAUGGGAAAUGUUUUCUGAGUCCUUUACAUGCAUGUUAAAGAUUGUUACAUGACAUUUGACAUACUACUGUUAUUGAAUGAUCGACAGCCAAGAGGUUGGUUGAUGAGAAUGAAUUUAAAGGUAAAAAAAUUGUGUAGAAAUGCACCCGGUUGCAGGAAAUGUAGUCUUGAAUUUCUAAAUGUUCUAUUGGGGUUUGCAUGGCAGAACUUUGUGUUGACAGGAAUUGUCUUAAUUUUUUUCUCAAAAGUUGCUCACAUUCCUAAUAUUGAAUACGCGGUUUUACAUUUAUUUUUGUUUCACUAAAUACGCAUUAAUCACUUGCAACUUUUAAAAAAACAAACAGUGCAUUUGUAAUAAGAAACAGUUGAAUUAAUUCCUGUUACAUUCACUCAGUGAAAACUGCAGCAGAAGUGCAAUCUCUCAGUAAGAUAGCGGGUCACUGCUGUCAGACAACUUUUAGAUCUGUCUGCAUGACUUUAUUGACUUUACAUAAAUAAUCGAUUAUAUAUGUUUACUAAUUAUAGAUGUUUACUAAUUGGUUUUGCAAUUGCACAUGCCACGAGCUGCGAUGCAUCUAAAAAUCGAUUACUCCCCCGAUCUCUAUAAGCAGCUAAAACAAUCCUGCAUCUUUUAUAAGAGUGCGGCCUAUUUAUGGCUUUUUCUUCGCUAACGGCCAUAAUGUUUAGUAUUCAAUAAAUAGACACUGAAAAGGUGUUUUUGUUUGUGCUACGGCGCCAUCUUUUGUAAAAGUUCGCUCACUGCAGAUGCUGCGGGUUGAACAUGUACGUCCCGUUUGGUGCCUUGAACCGGAAGUAUAAGCGUCAAUGGCGUUUCUGCUCGAAAGGAUUAUUCCUUCAUCACCCUGAGCAACGUUUGCUAGUUUUACAAUACAACUGAUACAAUGCUUACUUACUAAACCGUGCCACGUUUGAUGUCUGCGUCAGUGUUAUCAUGCAUAUUUGUAUGUGCUAGCAUCAUUAGCAGUAGCAAAAAUGCUUUACAAGUGUCCAUCAUCGUAUUGAUUGAUUGAAACUUUUAUUAGUAGAUUGCACAGUUCAGUACAUAUUCUGUACAAUUGACCACUAAAUGGUAACACCCAAUAUUUUUUUCAACUUGUUUAAUACGGGGUCCACGUAAAUCAAAUCAUGGUAUUACCUUACAACGGUAUUCUUUUUGUAUUGUUUGUUUUGCAAAUCCACCGUGGAUUUAUUAAGUCUGGUGGAGAUCUAGCUUCCGCAGCUAAUGGGUCCGUGACGUUGACUUUGUUUUGUUUGAUCAGCCGUUUUACUGCCGUGUUACAGACACCAAUUAAGGUAUGUAAAUUGACUUUUACAAAAUAUUUUGUAACGGUAUAUAUCUGCGGCUUAAGGCCUGGUGCGGCUAAUAUAUCUAACAUAGUUUUCCUCACAUUUGGGGGGUGCGGCUUAAAAUGGUGUGCUCUAUAGCCCAGAAAAUACGGUACUUUUUGAGGAGAUGGAUCCAAUUGUCUCUUAUGAUGCAAACAUGGUAAAAAAAAAAAUCUGCAUUCAGAAAAAUAGCAGUUUUUAGGUGUGAGUGCACCCAAAUGAAGACCUCAGGAUUCCGAUGUUAGCUUUUGAAGUUUCUGGGUCCCCCCUCUAGCAGUCACUCAUAGAACAUCCUCACUAGGCUUUAUCCACGAUUUCUACUUUCCAGGUGUUAUUCUUAAUCCACGUGACGUGAUGUAUGUAUUCCUCCAACAGUUGGACCUCUUUGCACUCAGUAAAAACGGAUGAAGUUGCCCUCUGAAACUUAUUUUAGGUGUUAACUGUUGACCAGUGUGCAGCUGGUGUUGGCAACAUUUUCUACUAUUUUUCAAAGCGUGUUUAUUCAGAAAGAAAUGUGACUGCAUUGAUUAAAAAAAAAAGUGCUUUCCAAAAAUUAAAUAUUUAAAACUGUG